UCUACUUAGGUCACAAAAGAUUCACUGGGUUUCAAAUCCCACGAGGAAGAGGAAGAGUAAAUUAGGGCUUAUAGGGAUGGAUGGGGGCGAUGGCGACGACGAUUUCCCGCUACUCUCUGGAUCCGACGAGGACGAGCCCGUGAGGAAUCCAGACGAAGACGCCGAGGCGCAGGGAGAGGCGGAGGAUGGAGAGGCGGAGGGCGAGGCGGCGGCGGAGGUGGAGGCCGAGGAGGAUGAAGAUCAGCAGCAGCAGAUCGAAGUCGAGAAGCAGCCGCGGCAGCAGCCGAUCGUGGACACGGAUAGAAUCCAGGAAGCUAUGGGAAGAUUUACUGCAGAUCAGCUAGAUCGGUAUGAGCACUACCGGCGGUCGGGCUUUCCCAAGACGCAAAUGCGUAGACUUGUCCAAAACGUAGCAGGGUGUUCUAUAUCAGUGCCAAUGUCGAUCGUUAUGUCUGGUCUCGCGAAGAUGUUCGUGGGUGAUGUUAUCGAAACGGCUCGAAUCAUAAUGUCCGAGCAACAGGAGGAGGGACCGAUCCGCCCCCGUCAUCUCCGCCAAGCGUACCGGCGACUGAAGCUAGAGGGGAAGCUUCCUGUUCGAUCCAGACCAAGCCUUUUUCGGUAGAACAAGAAAUCUCGAGGUGUCAGCUGCAAAGGCUCUACGAAACUUGGGUCUCCAUCGUACAAAUGCGAAGCCGCCACUUUCGCUCGCUGGAAAUCUCGAUGAGUUUUACACCCCGCGAGAAGAGCUCCCCAGGUGAUCUCGUCAGGGACAAAGGGCAUUUGGUUUAUGAGCUCCUCGGCCCUGUCAAGCUGCCCAGCUCUCGCGAGAAGAUCCACCAUGCAAGAGAAGUGUUCUAUCCCGGGUCUAAGCAAGGGAUCCUCGCUCAUCAGCAAGAAGUAAGACCAUCCUUGUUCCAAUCGGCCUCCAUGGCAACAGGCUAUCAAAACUCCGAGGUAUGAGAUCUCGUUUGGUUUGCAGGAGUCCAGGAACAUCAGCCCAAAACACUCGAUCGCUUCUUUGUCAUGUCCAGAUUGAGCGUUUGCUACGAUCAAAGUCGUGAAAGUUAUAGUGUUUC